AUGUUUUUAUACUUAUUCUUAUUAACUACUUGUUUUAGAUUUGUUUUUUUCGCAUAUUCAUUUAUUUUGUACAAUAAAUUAUUAUUUAAUUCGGUUCCAACAAGAUUUGGGCCCUCCUUCAAACACUCAAACUUAACUUUACAACAUUAUCACACACCAGCAAUAAAAUUACUAAGCUGCUCUCAUACAGCUGAUAACAGUAUUAGUAACACUACCAUUGUUAGUGAUAAUAUAGUUGAGAGUCCUGUUAUCACGAGUAAACAGUUUGAAAGUGGUUUGAGAAAUAAUAAUAGUAGUAAAACAAUUGACAUUUCAUUAGAAGUAAAUAAGACUAAGGAAUUAUAUACAGAUUCAGAACAGUAUAAAUCAUUGUCAGAGUAUUUUAGCCCUGAGGAGAGCGUGACUGAACAGGAAUACCUGCCUCUGAAGGACCGUUUCGUAACAAGAUUCGAGAGUAAAGGAGAAUACAAUACCGCUGAGGAGAAAGAAGUUUACGUACCAGUUGAGUAUACUUUGGAGUGUAUUUCUGUGGUUCCUGAGCUCUUCCAUAAUAAUUUUCUUCUGAGAGGUGAGGAUCACUGGUCAGAACUAAUCCAGAUUCGCACACUUUUUAGACGUAAAACUGAAAUUUUCGACCAAAUUUCGCAACUGACAACUGAGAAAUCAGAUUCUUCAAAGUCAUUUUUCAUCACAAAUUGUGUUAACUCAUUGCUAAGGACUGUGAAUAUUGGAGCUAGAAAUAAACUAAAGGAGUUAAAAAUUGAGUUAAACUCACUGGAACAGGAAUUAAAGUCUUUGAGAAUAAAGCUUCCAAAUCUUUUAUCGCUAGAAGUAACAGAUAAUAACACAGUUCUGAAACCUGUUAAACGCAGUGGUAACACUUUGAUAAAGAAUAAAUUAAACCGUGCAGUAAGUAUUAGUGGUAAAGGGUUUUCAUCAUAUUCUGCACCUUUAUCAACACUUUCCAGGGCAUUGGUUAACUAUUUCCUGGACACCCUGACCAGAUUAUUCAAUUAUACUGAAGUAGUUGUGCCAUUGAUUGUGUCCAAAUCAACUCUGGAGUUGACUGGCCAUUUGCCUUAUUUUGAGGAGAACUUGUAUAAACUUGAAGCUGACUCUAGUUUCAACGGUGAAGUUGGAUAUUUGAUACCGACUGCAGAGGUUUCAUUAUUAGGCCUAUUCAAGGGUAGUAGAUUUAGGGCUAACAAUCUGCCCAAAUUUUUCACAGCCUAUAGUGAGUGUUUUAGGAAGGAAAUACAAGAUUACGGUGCUAACACUAGGGGUUUGAUAAGGCAGCAUCAGUUUGGAAAGGUUGAACUACUUUGCUUCAGCUCACCUGAGUCUUCAGAAUACACUCACUCACUAAUGCUUAGUCACAUCGAGUUUCUCCUAAAUCAGCUAGAAAUACCAUAUCGACAGGUACUUUUAAGUGCUAAGGAUACUGGUCAUACAUCCUCUAAAACUAUCGAUUUCGAAGUUCCUCUACCCUCAAAUAACAUUUUCCUUGAACUUUCCAGUUGCUCAAAUACCAAAGAUUUUCAAACCAAUCCACUCAAUAUUACUACUGACUCCUUCAACAGACUUCAUAGUAUAAAUGGAUCAGGUUUACCAAUUGGAAGAACAAUAACAGCAUUAUUGGAGUAUAAUAGUACAAAGAGAGAGAACGGAUUAAUACAAUUUAAAAUACCAAAAGCAUUACAACCAUAUCUUAACAAUAGUACAUUAAUAUUGGAAAACCCUGUUGAAACGGUUUGA